UUGAGAUCAAAACAAAUAUGGCGGCCCAUCUCCGCGUCCGUAGACUGAAUAUGCUUAGCAAUCAUUCUAAUCGUGUUCCAAGGGUAUUUAAAGAUCGUUCUAAUCCCUUGGAAGAUCUUUCUGAAGACGAGGUGUUUCGUAGAUAUCGUUUUCAUCCCGAUACGAUUGUUUACAUCUUGUCAUUGUUGCCGUCGUUAUGCAGAAGAACCAAACGGAAUUUUCCUGUGCCACCGUUGCUCCAGUUGCUGGUAACGCUACGUUAUUUAGCAACUGGGAGCAUGCACUUGCUUAUAGGUGAUUCUGUUGGACUGUCAAGGUCGACAGUCGGGCGCAUAGUGAGGCAAACGACUCGUCUUUUGUGUGCUUUAGCAGAUAGCUUCAUUAAGUUUCCGACUGGUCCAGAUGCUCUCCUAGUGAAAAAUGGUUUCGCUGAUGUUGCAGGUUUUCCAAAUGUUCUGGGAUGUAUUGAUGGAACAUUCAUAAGAAUAAGGCGGCCAAUUGAGAACGAGGCAGAUUUUGUGAACCGGAAAGGUUACCACUCCUUGAAUGUUCAGAUGUGCUGUGACCAUCAAUUUAAAAUAACAAGUUGUUAUGCAGCUUGGCCAGGCUCAGUACAUGAUAGUAGAGUGUUUAGAAGUUCUUCACUGUGUGCACAGUUUGAAAAUGGUGAUCACAACGGACUCUUAUUAGGAGACUCUGGCUACCCUUGCCGUAGCUUUUUGAUGACCCCCUUCCUUAAUCCACAAGGCAAUGCCAGAUGCAGGUUUAAUGAGUCACUCUGCCGCACCAGAGUGCUCAUUGAACAAACAUUUGGCAUACUGAAGCGAAGAUUUCAGGUAAAUAUUUAA